AUGAAGUUUUGGUUGUCAUUGAACAUUUCUUCGUUGAUAAGGAAGACAUUAGAGGAGGGUUUCCUCCCAAGUUUUCAUACAGAACCUAAUCUUGAAUUUGCAGAAUUCAACAGAAAAUCUACAGAAGAUCAUAAAGAAUUUAUUUCAGAUCAGAUACAGUCCUUACUCCGCUCCAAAGCUAUUUCAAUAUCUAACAGUGCCCGUAUUCGCGUCAAUCCGUUAUCAGUGGCUGAAGGUAAGAAACUGCGACUUAUUUUGGACUUGUCAGAUUUGAACAAGUGCCUUGAGAGGAGACACGUAAAGUUCGAAGAUUUGUCAAAGGUUAGAGACCUUCUGCCUCGUCAUGGUUUCAUGACUUGUUUUGAUUUACGAUCGGGCUACCAUCAUGUUCUGGUGCACCCAAACUUCAGGAAAUACUUGGGUUUCAAGUGGGGAUCGCUCAUUUAUUCAUUCAAUGUAUUGCCUUUUGGGCUUUCUCCGGCGCCAUUCAUUUUCACCAAGUUAUUUAAACCACUUUUGGCGAGGUGGAGAUCCCAAGGGAUAGGUGUAGCUGUUUACUUAGAUGACGGGAUAAUUUGGGCUAGAACUGAAUCUCAAUGUCGAGCUUUCUCCGCUAUAGUUAAGAGAGACUUACAAGAUGCGGGGUUUUUCCUAGCAGAAGAAAAGUGUUCCUGGCAGCCUUGUCAGAGGAUGACCUGGUUAGGUCAUCUUAUCGAUCUCAAUGAAAUGUCGCUUGACAUUACAGAAGAAAGAAAGGCUAAAGCAAGAAUGAUAAUUACUGCUCUUCUGAAAGUCAGAAGCCCAUCAUUGAGGGGGAGAAUGAAAUUACUGGGUACCCUAGCCUCCAUGCAUUUAAUCAUGCCUCCAGAAAUAUCCAAAAAGAAUCGUUCUGUGGUUACAGAAGUUGCCUGUAAGGUAUGCAGUGGGCAUAGGCUAGGCUUCAGGUGGCCUCUAACCGCAGAGGAAAGAAAGGAGAUUAUAGGAGGGCUGGGUUUCUUAAAAAACUGCAAGACAAGCUUACAUAAUUUCCACAAAGAUUUUUGUGAUUAUUUCGUAAUAUCCACGGACGCGUCAAAUUCGGGGGUGGGAGCAGUUUUUCACACCUCCACAAGCUCCAAUCGCAUUGCUACAGCCACCUUGCCUUGUUUUUUGAGGGAGGAAUCCAGCACCGCAAGAGAGCUGUACGGCAUCUUACAAGCGGUCAAAUCUUUCAGUCACCUUAUUAGUAAUGAAAAGGUUCAGAUUCAAACGGAUAGUCAGGCAGCGCAAUCAGUGUUUUAUAAGGGAAGCACCAAGAAAGUUUUACAACAGUUGGCUUCUCAAAUAUGGGAAAUAGUCGAACAACUGAGAGUAGAUAUGCAAGUGUUUUGGAUCCCUAGGGAGCUAAAUGACGAGGCAGAUGACGCUUCCAGAAUCAUAGACCUGAAUGGAUGGUCAAUCCUUGACUCAAUCUUUGACAAACUGAACGAACGUUGGGGACCAUUCGAAGUAGACAUGUUCGCAGAUGCAAAUAACAAGAAGUAUGGUUCUGCGAGGGCUCCUCGGCCGUCGACGUCUUCAGCGAGUCAGCCUCGAAAUUCUGGUGUGAACAUUAUUGCUGAGAUGGACGAGACUUCUCCAGAUACAGCGCAAAGGCCCGAAAACUGUUCCAGGCAGGCUCACAGCCAUCUCAACUCAACAACUUCAAUACAGUCCAUCGCCCAAUCCGACUACUUUUCGCACGACGCCGAUCUGAGAAUGGUUCACCUUUUGUUCGGUCUC